ACAACUUCUCUAUUUGCUGAGCGCAGUGCUGGGAAUAUGUGGUCUCUCUGCGUCCCCCUCCUGUGUGUCCUGAUGCCCCUGGGACAAGGAGAAUCUCCCGGUGACCAGAGAGACAUCAUCAUCGCCCGUCUCGGAUCCAAUGUCACCCUCAGCAUGAGACACACAGUGACUAUAAAUCAUCAGGGCACACAGAAAUGUGAUGUGUUUGACUGGAGAUACAGAGAUGUAACAGCGCGGACUGGCUCCUAUUCAUCAGCACAAUACAGACUGGCUGACAAUAUUCGCUGUACACUGAAUAUAGGGAAUGGUACAUCAUUUCAUAACUACAAUGUAUCAGAGGAUGGGAAUCUGACCCUAUAUAAUGUCACCAGGGAGAAUGCUGGAGAUUAUACAGUUACUGUCACCACACGAUCAACGGGAGCAACUAUAAUAACAGCUAAUUAUACGCUGCAUGUACAGGCUCCCCUGUCACAGGCGGCCGCCAACUUCUCCUGUUUCCCGGAUGGCAGCGCUAAGGCCUCCUGCUGGGUGGGAGAAGGGUCGGAUCCUGAUUAUUCCUGGAGCCUGGAUGGGAGAUCUGUACAGGGAAGGUCCAUCUCCGGAUACAGCCAGAUAUCUCUCCCGCCGCCUGUCUCCGUGACUCUCAGGUGUAACGUGAGGAAUAAGAUCAGUGAUACCAACACAUCCGUGGUCAUCUCCUGCCCAGUUCCCCUGUCACAGGUGGCCGCCAACUUCUCCUGUCUCCAGGAUGGCAGCGCUGAGGCCUCCUGCUGGGUCGGGGAAGGGUCGGAUCCUGAUUAUUCCUGGAGCCUGGAUGGGAGAUCUGUACAAAGAAUGUCCAUCUCCAGAUACAGCCAGAUAUCUCUCCCCCCGCCUGUCUCCGGGACUCUCAGGUGUAACGUGAGCAAUAAGAUCAGUAAUAACAGCACAUCCGUUAUUAUCUUCUGCCCAGUUCCGCUAUCAGUCCCUCUAUUGAACGACUCAUGUCACCGGAAUGGCAGCUCAGAGGUCACUUGCACAGCACAGACUGGGACGGACCCUUCCUUCUACCUGAUGGUGAAUGGAGUAUUACUGAGGGGUAAUUACACCUCACCACAGAGACGCGUUACUGUCACAGUGUCACCGCCGGGUCCCUGGAGUGUUACCUGUUCUGUGCAAAACACUAUCAGUAAUUCAUCCGCCAGUAUACCAGACAUGACGUGUGCAGUUCCGCUCUCUGUGCCAAUCGUUAACGCUUCAUGCGCAAUGGAUGGAAGUGCCAGUCUUUCCUGCCUAGUAGAGAAUGGGAUGAAUGCCUCCUAUAGAUGGACUGUGGGUGGAAAUUCAUCCCAUGGAAAUAAAACCGACAUCACUGUAAGUGCGAGACAUUUCAUCCCUGGCGCAAUCAAUGUCUCCUGCUCUGUAACAAACUCCGUCAGCGAGGAAACCAGUAAUCAGACCCAAAUCUUCUGUCCAGCUCCAGUGUCAGACCCUGUCCUGAAUGUAUCUUGUCUCCAAAAUGGCCUCGCUGUGAUCUCCUGCUGGGUGCUGAGUGGGACAGAUCCCUCAUUUUCCCUGACAGUGAAUGGACAGUUAGUGGCUGUGAAUGCUAGUUCCCGGUGGGCUGGUGUGAAUUACACAGUGCCCAUAGGAGGCCCCUGGAAUGUUUCCUGCUCUGUCAUAAACCAGUUGGGGGGAUCUGUGACUGAUCCUUCAGUGUAUACCUGUCUCGGCAGCAGAUGUUACACUUGCCUGGAGAAGUCUGUAAUGUGGGGCACAGUGGUGCUGAUUGUAACGACAGCCCCCCUCAUUAUUGCCACAUUCUACACUGUGUACAGCACAAAGGGGACCCCGUAACGUGUAAGACGUGUUUCUGUUAUUGGCCUCCUGGAUACUGUACACAGCAUUUGUCAGAUUUACAUUGAGCUUUGUUCAUUACUAACUGAUGGUCUCCUGCUUGCUACCCUCCUCUACACACCAUGAUCACUGAGAAGGACAUUAGACAAUACGGGAGAAUCCUGGAGAUUGCCAGAAGUGAUCUUGAGGCUCUUCUAACAUUCCGAGGAACUGUAACCUCCCGAGGAUCUGUAACAUCCUGAGGAUCUAUAACCUACAGAGCAACGUGACUUCCUGCUCAUUUAGUAACUUUGUUGGACGACCACCCCUGAGAGAAUAAACCAGGUGCCCAGUUUUCCCCACACCGCUGUAUUCUGGUCGGAUGGAGGACAGUCUCCCUGGGGUGGAUUUAUACCCAUCUCCAGACCCCAGACCAUGACCGCUCUGCUCUACAGAAACCUCUUUUACUUGUUCCCUGAUUUCCCUCCAAUAACCUGUGUCAUGCGCAGACGCGGUUGCUGUGUCCUAUACAGGAAAGUAUAUAAUACUAUAACUCUAGUGUGUGACCAUUACACCUUCUAUUUCUAUGGCUCAUGCAUCACAAAUAUAUAUGUAAGGCGCUGCGAGCCUCUUGUGGCACUAUAGUAAUAAAGGAUAAUAAUAAUAAUGUAUAUGAUUUAUGAAUACAUAUAAGUACAUUUUCCUUAUAUAUCUGUGAAGUACUCCUACUUCAUUCUCUUUUUUUUUUUUAAACUCUUUAUUUGUACCGGGAGAGACAAAAAGCAUACAUAUCAGAUACAAUUGUACAA